GAAAAGCGAUGAAAACAAACACGACGCUCACGCAUCAUCAAAAACUAACCUUUUACCUUCCCGACGCGUCAUUUUACCUUAAAGAAUAAUUUAUAUUCUACUCAGCGUUUAUUUGCAUUAAUGCAGAUUAACCCAGUUUGCUUUUAAUAACGCCAGGAGCUAACACAUGACAACAGAAUAUUAGCUAGCCGCUAGCUAGCAUCCCGAGCUGUUCGAUUCCCGAGCGUUUUAGUUUGCUCUUUAAAAGCCGACCCCCCCCCUCUCUCCUCCUCCUCCUCCUCCUCCUCCUCCCUCCACGAAAACAAACAAACAAACAUGUCGGACGACUAUGAAUUCAGCGACGACACGACCAUGAUGAGAAUGGAGGAGGAUGGAGAGGCUAACAGCGACGACCCGAUGUCUGCGGCGGGAGACUGUGGCCUGAUGGGGGGCGAGGCCGAGGGGUCGAGGAUCGACGCCAGCAAAAACGAGGAAGAUGAGGGGAAGAUGUUUGUAGGAGGGCUCAGCUGGGACACGACCAAGAAGGACCUGAAAGAUUACUUUUCCAAGUAUGGGGAGGUCGUAGACUGCACAUUAAAACUGGACCCCAUGACUGGCCGUUCGAGGGGCUUCGGCUUUGUGCUCUUCAAAGAACCAGAAAGUGUUGACAAGGUGGCCUCACAGAAGGAACAUAAACUCAACGGAAAGGUCAUUGACCCCAAAAAAGCCAAGGCCAUGAAGAGCAAGGAGCCCGUAAAGAAGAUCUUCGUUGGAGGUCUCUCUCCAGACACUCCUGAAGAGAAAGUCAGAGAGUACUUUGGUGCCUUCGGAGAGGUGGAGUCAAUUGAGCUUCCCAUGGAGAACAAAACAAACAAAAGAAGAGGCUUCUGCUUCAUCACAUUCAAAGAGGAGGAUCCAGUUAAGAGCAUCAUGGAGAAAAAAUACCACAACAUUGGAUUAAGCAAGUGUGAAAUAAAAGUGGCGAUGUCCAAGGAACAGUACCAGCAGCAGCAGUACUGGGGAGGCAGAGGUGGAUACUCGUACUCAUCCAGGUCUCGAGGAAGAGGUGGUGGUCCCAAUCAGAAUUGGAACCAGGGUUAUGGCAACUACUGGAAUCAAGGCUAUGGAAAUUAUGGGAAUUAUGGUUACAAUAAUCAAGGAUAUGGAGGCUAUGGUGGCUAUGAUUACCCUGGUUACAACAACUAUUAUGGAUACGGUGACUACAACGAUCAAUCUGGUGGAUAUGGCAAGUCGCCACGGCGUGGUGGUCACACCAACAGUUACAAGCCGUAUUAAUGGGGGAAACCCUCCUCUUCAAGUAGCGGAGCUUCCUUGCAGGCCAUGAGCUGACUCCCAGAUACUCUCAGGGCCCGCUCAAUGCGGACCGGGUACGAGAAGCAUACGCUCUCGAAUGCUGCCAUUUGGUAUGGUCUUACAACAUCCUGUAUCAGCAUUUCUAAACUAAAAACAAUAUGGGACACGUCCAGCUUUGUCAUCUUUCUUUCCAUUUUUAAUUUGUUUGCAACUGUUUGUAAUGUAAAAGUUAAAAAUAUACACAUGUAAUUGUCAUUUUUUACAGGCCCUUACUCCCCCCCACAAGUAAUGAUUAUAAAUAUGAAAAAAUAACUAUUUGCUUUUCAAAGGAUACGUACAGCAUUCUCUGGACUUCCCAGUUCCUAUUGUUAAUAUAUGCAUUCCUAAUCUUAUCUAAAAUGCUUGUUUCUUUAUUUAGCUCUUGUAGCCAGUAGUCCAUGAGCUAAAACCUGGUUCGUAGUUGGACUCUACUGUGUUGGGGGAUAAAGUGCUUUACUUUGUGUACAUGUACUGCUCUGUUUUGUCUUACUGACAGCGAUGGAAAACAACUCCUCCCUUUUGUUAAUUUUCCUGUAAUGAAUUUUCCUCUUAUAACCUUUUGUAAAACCAGAAGUGUCACUACAUUUGCAGAAAUUUGCAUGUAAUGCUUUCUUUAAUGUGUAUUUUUUGACCAAUCAAAGGUUUCUUCCAUUUUAAUAUUUUGGCUUUGACCGCUUCAAUUUAUUGCACUUCAGGAUUUCUAGCUUAUGGACUAACUAUUACUUUUUUUUAAACUGUAAACAAAAUGUUAAAAUAAUUGUUCUCAGUUUGUUUUUUUUUUUUUUUUUUACAUUGGACAUUAUAAACACGGGGGAUUCCUAUUUUUUUUCUUCUUAUAAUUUAACCAUUUUUUUGUUCAUCCAGAGCUGAUUUGUGUCUGUUUGUUUUUUGUAGGUGUCAGCGGUCGGAGCUGGUUGGAGCAUUUGGCCACAGAGAGAUGAUGGUAUCCAGCAAAGAUCACUAGCUGAUUGUAAGAGAAUAAAUGAAGAGCACUAUGACCUACAGCACAUUUCCCCCUCUACAUUUAACGAAGUAUUUGUUGUAUCUUAAAAGAGUUUUGGAUUUUUGAUGUUUUGCAUUUAUUUUAGAAGACUGCAACGUUUUCGAGCAGUUCGCGUUCCUCAUCCCUUUCUGGUUUUUGUAUUUAUUGUUCUCAUAUGCUAUUUGUGAAUUGCUUCGUUUUAUUACAUUACUGCAAUGUUAGAUUGGUUGGAACAGAUCACACACAUAUAUAUACAGUACUGUGGUAGCAAAGAUAUCAAAUACGUUGUUGCAUUUUAUCUGCUUAAUCAUAGUCAUCAGUCAUAUAAUACAUAUGUUAUUACAGAAUCAUAAACAUACAGUAUAUAUAUAUAUAUAUACACACAGGUAAUUAUACAUAAAGAAAUGCAAUAUAAUAAAAAUAAUAAACACUCA